AUGGUGAGGAGGGAGGAGGGAAGAGGAGAAAGAGGAGUGCGUUUGAAUGUGAAUGUGUAUGCUAUUUGGAGGUGUUGGAGGAGGAAGAGGUGUGAAGUGGGGUUGUGGCAGAAGAGUUGGCAGUUGAGGUGGGUGGUAAAGGCUGAAGGGGGCACGACUGAUGCAGAUGAUGAGUCUGAAAUGCCGCCUGGGAAGAAGAUGUUAGAACAACAGGGAAUGGCUGAGGAAACUUUAGCGACAAAGAUCAAGUUGGAUGCUGAUAGCAAAUCAAAGGGGGCAAAGGAGGACACAGAGAAGAAAGAAACUGCAUCUGCUGUUGACAAGGAACUGUUGCAGGCUUUCAGGUUUUUUGACCGAAAUCGAGUGGGCUACAUCAGGGUUGAAGAUAUGAGGUUGAUCAUCCAUAACUUGGGGAAGUUCCUAUCUCACAGGGAUGUCAGGGAACUAGUGCAAAGUGCACUGCUAGAGAGUAACACUGGCAGGGAUGACCGAAUUCUUUACAAUAAGCUG